CAUCCUUUUGUGCAUCGACUCCCUCAGAACGAACACAGCCAUGAAUUACAACUCUGCGCAAUCCUUGGCCCCGAAGCCCCCAGCUGCUGCGAUGACAUAUAUCUGCGCAGAGUGUGGAUCCGAAAACGAAAUUAAGCCGAAGGAGCCCAUCCGUUGCAAAGAGUGCGGUUACCGUAUUAUGUACAAGAAGCGCACCAAGCGAAUGGUCCAAUUCGAGGCUCGUUAAGGAUUUCUGAAAGAUUUCUAUCAACGUCGGUGCCAGCAUGGAUGACAGAGGGGACGAUGGAAAAAUAGAAAAGGGAGGCUGUCGGGCGAUCCCAGGACACGCAUACAACAAACAUCAAACUUCAAACACCAAAUACACAGCACGUACUUAACAGCAACAAACACGCAACAGCAGCACCCACAUUAUCUUUUUUAAAACAAUUUCCGUCUAACGAAGAGGAGACAUUGUCGUAAAGGAGGAAGGGAGGUUGGGAUACGCACGAGAAAUUGGGCGCAGAAGGAGAGCAGGAGGAGAGACAGGAUGUUGCUAGAAUUGAUUUGAUUUUUUUUCCUCAAAGACCAGCGUUUUCGAUCUUCAUGGUCCUGUUCGGCUCGUUUUCUUAACGCGAUUUCUUUUGAGUCUCUCGCCUUCUUCUUCUUCUUGACAGAUAAUGGACCUGUUCAGUGGAUGGCUGUAUAAUAAACUACUCUUUAUCACC